UGGCGAAUAUUUGCCAUUGCGGCAUCGCACGGCGCGGUUCGUCUGUGUUUACACCUACAAGUGAGGACGGAUGAUCACGAAACGACGGGACGGCUGCGAGUGAAAACUGCAAGUAAAUAAAUCAAAUCGGUGCGCUUGGGUGACAGUGCUCUCGACGCCUGGUUGCAGACUGAAAAGGUGAAGGAAGUACAUCUAUCGUAGUGAUGAUAGCCGAGAGUGUGUAGUGAAUUAAGUAGAACAUCUUGGCCAAGGUUUUCGGUCGUACGCCGUACGAUCGUUCUCCGAAACAUCCGCAAACAGUUGGCAGUGUGAUGCGUUUUUCAUUGCAGUCGCGUGAUCGAAGAAGAUGUACUAUAUUAGUGCCUAAAUGUAAAAAAAAAUAUUGAAGACUUUUGUUAGGGAGACUUUGUCAUCGUUUGUAGUUUCUCAGAGCAGAAAAUGAAAAUGAUAAGCCGAUGAUUGUUUUCUUCGCCAGUGAUCCGCAAAUAUACGGACAUGCACAAAAAGCUAGCUGACCGUUAUCGAAACCAGUGCGAAAGUACUACACUAGCGAACGCAGGCAAAAGUGGGUGCGCAUGUGGACCGAAGGGAAAAGUGUGAAAAUCCUUCCGGCCGAUGAAGAGAAGUAGCAGCAGGAGGAUGCUUCUGCUGAUGCCCAUAAUGAUGAGGAACGCUAUCUAGUGUAAACAAACGGCUACACUCUAUUCGGGGCUGGCCAAAAAUAACAGUAAUUUAUCGGCCAGAUGUGGGAAGUCACUGCGGAAAAAUCGUUUCUCGGUGCGUGAUUCGAGUCUGAACUGGCCCCCCUCCCAAGUGUGUUCGCUGUGUGGUGGGUAAAUGAUUAUUAUUUGAUUGUUUGAAAUCUUCUCCCCGCUCUUCUGACUGAUUAAUAAAAUUUCUCAAAAGUACUGAAAAAAUAGAAGUUUAUCGCAAGCAUGGAUGAAUAAAAUCGAAAGUGUCCCGUGAAGGUUACAGACCUGCCAGCCAAAAACAAACUCUUUGUUUUCGGGUUCAUAAGUCGUAAACAUUCCACGGUACCCCUGAUUGCCAGGGUUGAGCUGCGGAGGGAAAAUCCAACACCAUGACGACCGUUUCGCCGAAAUCUUCGCUGGUUAAGCUAGGGAUACAUUCCAAGGCAAAACCCUUCCGGGUGAUGGUUCUCGGCCAGAAUGGGGUGGGGAAAACCGCGAUGGUCGUCCGUUUCAUCACCAAGCGCUUCAUCGGCGAGUACGAUCCGAACCUGGAAAAGGUCUACUCCUUCCACACCCUGGUGGACAAUGAGUUCGUGCAGUUCGAAAUAUUGGACGCCGCUGGACAACCGAAUGAGGCUGAAUGUAUGACCUUGGAGGCGAACAUCCGGUGGGCGGAGGCCUUCAUCCUGAUGUACUCGGUGGCGGACAAGUGUAGCUUUGACGAGUGCAAUCGGCUCAAAUUUCUCAUCAAUUACAACAAGCGAAGACGUCGGCUAGGGUCGUACAACAAGGACGCUCUGUUGGACGUCCCGGUGAUACUGGUGGGGAACAAAAUCGACCAGAUUGGUGACCGGAUGGUUUCCACCGAGGAAGGCCAACGGCGGGCGAAGGAAAUUUCUUGCGCCUGCUUCCACGAGAUAUCCGUCCGCGAGAGCAUCGACCAGGUGAGCGGAGUGUUCCGGGAUGCGUGCCGCUUCUGGCGCGUUCUGAACCGUUAUCCAAAGCUGAAGCGCUCGACUAGUGACGUGCAUGAUUUACACUCGGAGGUCGAGCUGAUAUUGAGCCCGGACAGUAUUCUGCCAUUUUGCAACUGUGAUUUGAGCCACGAAAAACGUCGGUCGAUUGUUAUUUUGGGCCGCCCAUGGACGGAGGAGGAACCGGACGAAACGGAUGAAUCGGAGUCCAGCUGCUGUUCGUCGCAAAAAUCGGACGUCGAGGAACCGUUCCGGGGCAGAGCGUCAACCGAUGGGACCCUGCUGUCGAGACCCCGUUGGUGGCGCUACACGCCUCCCGGAAUGAUGAUGCCGCACGCCCGGGUCGAACGGCGUAUGAGUAUUUCGAUGCGAGGAAGUAAUGCCAGCUAUUGAGGAUGCGUUUUCGUUUGUAUUUUGCUAGAAUUACGAUUUUCGAAAAUGACAAUAUUGUGAUUGUUUAAAUGUUCCAAACGUUGCUUCAGCAUUGUUGUGCUAUACUGAGCUACAAAUUGCCGUUUUACUGUAAUAUUGUAACAUGAAAAAAGGCCUACGUAUGUAAUAAGAAGUGACACCUCAAAAUAUACAACGAUGUAAUGAAAAUGCAUAAAGAU